AAGUGUUAUUUUGCACAAGCAAAAGAAAAAGCACACAUUGAUAAUGAUUUAUUUUUAUAUUUUUCUUGUUUUUGUAAUGAACUAGUUAAGUAAACAAGUUCUGCAUUAUAGAUAGAAACACAUCAGAUAACCAACCCUCCCGACCAUAUCACAAUACAAUAGGCCUAGAUUAAAAUGGAAUACAAUCAGGCAAUAUAAGGGGCAGCUGUGACUUUUAAGGAACUCUUGUAACAUUCUACAUGGACCAAUUAUCAGAGCAUUCCACCCCUUCUUUAUAGGUCCAUGGCUGUUUCCCAAUGUGAAGGCUGCAGCCUUGCUAGGACGCGUCCUUGCUAGUCGCGUCCUAUGGAGAUGAGACGUGCUAGCUCGAGUGCUUCCUAGCGUUUGUAACGUUCAGACUUUGGAAUGACUUGCUAGUGUGGAAGCGCUUCCGCUUCCGCUGUGUAAACACAUGUGCACCUCUGAAUUAAACAUGGAAGCAAUGAAGCUGAUCAAUAUUUAUUUGCUGUGGUGUGAGCUGGAGGAGGACUCCGAACGACUUUAUCGGCGGAGGGUUGAACGAAGGAGACGAUUGCUCUAUUGUCGGAGUCUGCCAUCAGAAUGUCGAGGCCAUGCAUUACUGCCAAAACAAAGCCACCGUGCCGGUGCUGGAGCGCUUCUUCCAGGGAGAGGACACCCGCCCUGAUUUCAGGCUUAUACGAGAGGCUAUCUAGGUCCUCCAAACGGAGCGACAGCACGGUUGGGGGCCCACCAUGGAGACCCUGGUCUUUUUGUUUUGGAUAGCCCCUGGCGCAGCCUAUCGGAUUCUGUCCAGAGCUUUUGGCAUACCAAUGUCAUCUGUCCAUUGAAUGGUGCACAGAAUUGCGGAGGAGGUUGUAGCUGUCCGGGGCAGUUUCAUCAAGCUGCCAUCAAAUUAUGAGGAGGUCAAGGCCAUGGGGGAAGGGUUUGCCCUGCUGGCAGGGCACCCUGCUUUCGCUAAAGCAGCUGGGGCCAUCGACGGGUCCCACAUCCAAAUGAAAUGUCCUUGCGGCCCUGAUGGUCAAGACUUCGUGAACAGGAAGCUGUAUCCAUCCAUGGUGCUGCAAGCAGUCUGUGACCAUCAGGGUCGCUUCAUUGACACCUUCGUGGGCUUCCCAGGAAGCGUGCAUGAAGCACGCAUCCUGCAAAAUAGUUCAAUUUACCUGGCUGGCAAUUACCCUCCACCAGGCCAUUUCAUCUUGGGUGAUGGUGGAUAUCCAUGCCUUACACAGCCGAUAGCCCUUAUCACACCAUAUAAGCGGCCACUCAGAGGCAUGGCAGAGCAAAGGUUUAACACUCAUCACUCUCGGGACCGCUCAAUUGUUGAGCGUUCCUUUGGGAUGAUGAAAACCCGCUUCAGGUGCAUCUUUUUAGAGGCACUUGAAGUACAUAGUGAGUUUGUUCCAAAGGUGGUGACUGCGUAUGCAGUACUGUACAACAUUUGCGUUGGUGUGGGCGAUGACCUCCCAGUGGAGGAUGGGGCCAUGGAGGGAGAUGACCCUCCUGAAGGAGAAUGUGGCACGGAGUCACAGAGUGGAGCUCCUUGGCGUGCGGCCCUGGCCAAUUAUGCAGGGGAAAAAAGACAAAGAAAGUGUUGAUAAACAUGUAUUUAUUUUUAUAGAUAAUAUCUGAUCUCAUACAUACAUACAUUACAUCCAUACAAUCCUUCAUUCAUUCACCCCUCUCAACCAAACGCUCAAGGAGAGAAGAAACGGUCAAACCGCUCCCUUGACUCCACCUCUCUCCUCUCAUCCGCCUGCCGCUGAUAUAGAAUAUCCUCCCUCACCAGAAGCAGGAAGGGAUCCUCCCUCCCUCAUCUCCCUGCUCCGGCCCCUGCUGCGCCCACUGCAACUGCCCCCGAUGUGAUGACUAGUAGCAAAACGUGUCGUCCCAAUUUUUGAUACAUUAUUAUUUCAACUAUAGGUUAUAUUUACAGAAGAAAAUUUUAAUAAAAUGGCGGGCGAAGAGGAAGAACUGUGCGAGCAAAUACGAUUAUCUAAGCAUUUAUAUGAUACUUCUUCACUAUUACAUUCCAACAAGAUUG